AUGUGCUCUUACAACAAAAUCACCUUCUUCUGCAAACACUUUGAGUACCGAGUUGCGAAGCAUUGCCAUUUUGCACGAAAUGACCCCGGCCACCAAUGCUUUGGCGCAUGGAGCGUCAAACGUGAAUGGGAUGAGCCUCAAGAACUUUGCAAAGACUGCGUAAGGCAG